GUGAGUUUGUCAUUGUCAAACUCUCCACUGUACAUGCUAUACUCUCCUGUCACCCUCUAUAUCUCUCCCUCCAUCAGUUCAAUCAGUCCAUACUACCAGGGCUCCAUCAGGAUGGUGUCGGCUGGACUACAGAUGCUGGGCAUUGCCCUGGCAAUCACUGGCUGGCUGGGAAGCAUCAUCAUCUGUAUUCUGCCCAUGUGGAAGGUGACAGCCUUCAUCGGAGCCAACAUCAUCACCGCUCAGGUCAUCUGGGAAGGCUUAUGGAUGAACUGUGUAACCCAGAGUACGGGCCAGAUGCAGUGUAAGGUCUACGACUCCCUCCUGGCCUUGCCCCAGGAUCUGCAGGCCGCCAGGGCUCUCAUCAUCAUUGCCGUCAUCGCCGGCGUGUUCGCCAUCCUGCUGGGCAUCGGAGGGGGGAAGUGCACCAACUUUGUGGACGAUGAGAGCUUAAAAGCUAAAGUCGCUAUCGCUAGCGGGGUUAUCUUCCUCAUCGCUUCCCUCCUGGUCCUGGUUCCUGUCUGCUGGUCAGCCCAAACCAUCAUCCAAGACUUCUACAACCCCCUUUUGAUCGAGGCCCAGAGGAGGGAGCUCUCCACCAUGGCCUCUUUGGGGAUGCAGAUGUUGGCCAGCGCCCUGAGCCUGCUGGGCUGGGUGGGGGUCAUCGUGACCUGCGUCCUGCCCAUGUGGAGGGUCACGGCCUUCAUUGGCGCCACCAUCAUCACCUCUCAGACUAUCUGGGAGGGUAUCUGGAUGAGCUGUGUGGCCGAGAGUACAGGACAGAUCCAGUGUAAGCCCUAUGACUCCCUCUUGGCCCUGAGCUCCGACCUCCAAGCUGCAAGAGCGCUCACCGUCCUCGCCAUCGCCACAGGCGCCACCGGGCUCCUACUAGCCUUCGUCGGGGGGAAGUGCACCCGGUUUCUGGACGAGCAAGGGGGUGGGGUCAAAGGCCGGGUUGCCGUGGCAGCGGGCACGGUGUUGAUCGCCACGGGGGUUCUGUGCCUGAUCCCCACGUCAUGGGCCGCUGGGGCAGUGGUGCAGGGGUUCUACAGCUCCACCACCGACGCCCAGCGGAGGGAGAUCGGGGCGUGUCUCUACAUCGGCUGGGGGGCGUCCAUCCUGCUCAUCCUGGGAGGGGGGCUGUUCAUCAGCUCCUCCUGCCCCCUCCAGGCCCACGACGAGGAUAAGAGCCCCUCAGUCCGCUACCUGGUGGUCCGCUCCUCCAACGGGGCUGCGUCCAGCCAGGCAGCAUCUUUCCAGCGCAGCAGGGGACCGUCCGCAAAGUCCCAGUCCAAUGGCCCGGUCAUCACCAGGUCCCACAGCAGACAGGCAGCGUCUGCAAUGUCUCAGCCCAGGGAAGUGGUGAACACCAGGCCUCCCUGGGAGGAGGAUGAUGGGCUGACUGUGGUGGAGCAGAACUACAGGCUGGGUUCUGGGGGGUCCGAGGGGAGUAAGGCACCGUCUACAACGUUUCAGCUGAGACUGGAACCUGCCAUGUCCGAGGAGAGCGAGGGAGCGUCUUCGAAGUAUCAGAUGAAGAGACUGGAGUCUCAGGAGAGUUUAGCAGAAUCAGACAAGCCUCAACACAGUGAGGACGCAUCCUCAAAUCCAACAAAGAUCUAUAUCUGAGAACACACAGCAUCAUCACUCGAGUCGAAUGAUUGUCCUCCAUAGUGUCUUCUAUUUGUGAGUCUACAGAUUACUUUAGAGGCCGAUCCGGGAGCAUACAUAUUUUGGUGCAGUGUGGGCAGGGGCCUUCCUGGUUAUGGUUGGUGCUUGAGCCUUCCUGGUGUUGAGUCUCUCCUUGCAUAGCUGCCCCUUGUACUCUGCGGUACGGUGGAGAUCUUUUUUGUUUAGUGCAGCUCCCUCUUGAAUCUUUUUUCUCAAGCUGUGUCUAUUUAGUGUAAUGUCUUCCCUGUUGUUAGAGGUGAUGUCGAAGUUCUUCAGGUAUGUUUUCAUGUUGUCUUUGUAGCUGACCUUCCUUUAACUGGAAGUACAUUAUCUGUUUUGGGAGGCGUGAGUUGGGCAUCCAGAAGACACGGCCUGUCCAUCGGAGUUGGUGUUGCAUUAUGGUAAUGGUGAAGCUGUUUAUGUUGGCCUCCUCCAGAACGCUGGUGCUAACCCUCAGGUUUUUCUCUAAGGAUCUUUGGUGGUGUUGUUCCAGUGCUUUCAGGUGCCUACUGUAGAUGGUCCAUGUUUCGGCUCCAUAUAGCAGUGUGGGGAGGAAAACAGCUUUGUAGUAUGGACAUAAUGAACAUAUUGCAUAUGUGUACAUGUGACAUAAUGAACGUAAUGCAUAUGUGCACAAGUUUACUUGUUUAUUUGUUUUGUGUGUAUGGUGAUAUUAUAAAUUGGUCAGUACAGCAGUACAUCAAAGCUGGGACCAAGAGAAUGAAAAACAGCUUCUAUCUCAAGGCCAUCAGUCUGUCAAAUAGCCAUC